AUGUACAUCGAGCCACUCGAUUCCAAUUGUCACGCCGGCCACGACUUCGGCGGCAGUGUGGGCCGGUCGCGAGGUCUGAAAGACCAGGUUCUCAAACAUGGACCUAACCUUCUUUUUGCCUUCUACCGCCCUUCUCUCACUCUACAUGGUUGCGCAUUCAACGCGGCUGCUAGUUCGUGUCUUUCAAAGCUCGAGCCGGGCGCCGGGGAUUCUUGGGUCACACGGACAGAAUAUCGAACUGCAUAA